AUGAACGCACUAAACUCACUGAAAAUCAACGCCAACGUUACAAACUCAUUAGAGUUGUUGAAAUACACUAAUGGUAGAGAUAAAGUGUAUCGCACGGCGCAAUACGCAGCACGUUUACUCGCGUGGUUCUACUCGCGCUACGGUAUUCCACAGGGCACAUUCGCAGGUGUCAGUCUCGAUGCCAUCAAGGGUGUUUUGAGUACAUCGAGGAAGCUGAUGCGUCUCGGCAAGCCAGUUGAAACGCUCACAGCAGCACUCAAGACGCUCGACGGCACGAGCAACAACGACAUAAUCGCCAGAUCGCUCUCCGUGAUUAGGAACCUCAACUACACUAUCUUCCUCUCUUUUGAUGGGUUGAUUUGGUUACAUUCUACUAAGAUACGCUGCGUGCAGAAAUCUACCAAUGAGAGAUUCAUCAGAAACGCUUACACGUUCUGGGCACUCGGCUUACUCUCUGGUGUUCUCUCUGGCGCUUACAAGGAGCAGAUGCUGUCGCGCACCCUCCUCAAGGCUCGUAGACAAGCUCUGAGCGAUGAGAAAGAUGGUAAUGCUAACGUUGAAAGGGUCGUUAGCCAACGCGCUUCUUCACGCAAAGCCAUGCUUGAAGAUGCCCUCAAUCUGCUCAUUCCUGUUAAGGGUCUCGAUCUGUUUAAUAUCAACGAAGGUUUCGUUGGCGCAGCAGGCCUCGUUACUUCACUUAUGGGCUUACAGUCCCAAUGGCACUCUGCCAGCGCUAGUACGGUUACAGCUACACCCGCGCUGCUCGCUUGUCUGCUCGACAGUCUUGGUGUGUCUGAACUCAAAUCCGAGGAGCGCAAGAAGAGGGCUUUGUACGCCCACGAUAAACUCGUCAAGUGGCUGCACGAUGUGUAUCACCCGCACAUUCAACUCGCUGUGCAUGACCCUAAGAGGUGCACCAGCCAGGUUAUCUCACUCGACGACAGCGACAGCGAGAGUGGGAGUGAUGAGAGCGAGGAGAACUGGGUGCAGGCUGUAGAGGCUUCUUUCGGCGACCUUUCCAUGUGCGAUACUGGGGAAACCACCAUGUCCUCGCAGGAUAACCCCUCCCCACCCACUAGUAGUACCACGAACACCACUAAAACCUCCCCAAACAACGAUUUUGCACUUACAGAUCUCGUUUCUACCCUAUCGAACAUUGUCAACCACUUUGAAAACGACAUGGAGGAUCCCUACAAGAGCGAGCGGUAUCAUUUCCUCAGAAUACUCAGAAUAAAGGCGCAGGUGCACAACACAAAGAAGGUUGAUCGACCAAUGGCUGAAUUAGGCCUAGACGUCGGUCACCAUGAGCUGCAGUUCCACGAGGCUAUCCAGAGCAUGCCCAGCUUCCCCUCACACUACCCACCCCCACUUCCUUGGCUUUCUGAUAAAGGAAUCUUUGAGACACUCACACCGCGAUGUUUAUACCCGAGACAGCAAUCCAUAUUCGACAAUGAGAGAUUGGAGUUUCUCGGCGACACCGUUUUGGAGACCAUAGUAACAGACGCGAUAUUCGACAAAUUCCCUAAAUACCAGCCAUGGGAUCUCACCAAACUUAGACGAAAGCUGGUAACCAACAACUUUUUCAGCUUCUUCAGCGAUCUUUAUGGAUUGUUUGAUAAACUACGCGGUUCUCGCACACUUCAUCCCAAGAGAAAGGCUGAUGUAUUCGAAGCAUAUAUCGGUGCGCUGUACAGGGAGUCCGGACACAUUUAUACCAAUAAGUGGCUCGUUGAGUUGCUCGAGCCUUUCAUUUUCCAGUUUGCUGAGCAGAUAUGA